CCUUCCCCUCUCCCUCCCCGCUCGCCGCCGCCCCGGCGGCUUCUUGCUUCCUGCUGCCGAAUCGCCGAUGCCGCUCCCGCGAUUUGAUGGGGGCCGCGCGCACUUCAACGCGCCGCUGCUGACGCGACGCUGACGCCCGGGCCCCACCACACCGCUUUACUAUAUAACUACUCCAGCACGCGCUGCCCCAUCCCGGCCUCCCCUUACUCCAUCCCGCACCCGCAGUUGUACUGCGGGCGGAAGCAGCCGCACACGCAGAGGCGGCGGCAGCAGUGGACGCCGACCAACCCUACCCUAGCUUCCGGGUGCCGGCGCGGCGAGGUUCGUAGGCGGUUGGAUUCGAUGGCGGUGGUGUCGCGGCUGGCAGUCGCGCGGGUGUCGUCGGACGGCGCGGCGCGCCCCGCGGCGGCAGGGGGGAGGAGGACGAGGACUGCGCUCGCGGGGGUUCGGUUCCCGCCGGCCGCCAGGACGGGGAGGACGAGGCGCGGCGGGGCCGUCGCGGCUAGCCCCCCCACGGAGGAGGCGGUGCAGAUGACGGAGCCGCUCACCAAGGACGACCUCGUCGCCUACCUCGUCUCCGGGUGCAAGCCCAAGGAGAAUUGGAGAAUUGGCACGGAGCAUGAAAAGUUUGGUUUCGAAGUCGACACGUUACGCCCUAUAAAAUACGAUCAGAUUCGUGACAUACUGAAUGGGCUCGCUGAGCGAUUUGAUUGGGACAAGAUAAUGGAAGGAGACAAUGUUAUCGGCCUCAAGCAGGGAAAGCAAAGCAUCUCACUAGAACCUGGAGGCCAAUUUGAACUUAGUGGCGCUCCUCUCGAAACAUUACAUCAAACUUGUGCUGAGGUCAAUUCACAUCUUUAUCAGGUCAAAGCAGUUGGAGAGGAAAUGGGAAUAGGAUUUCUUGGGCUUGGCUUUCAGCCGAAAUGGGCACUGAGUGAUAUACCAAUAAUGCCAAAGGGAAGAUACGAAAUAAUGAAGAAUUACAUGCCUAAAGUUGGUACCCUUGGUCUUGACAUGAUGUUCCGGACAUGUACUGUGCAGGUUAAUCUUGACUUCAGUUCAGAACAGGAUAUGAUAAGGAAAUUUCGCGCUGGCCUUGCAUUGCAGCCUAUUGCAACUGCAAUAUUUGCCAAUUCUCCCUUCAAAGAAGGAAAACCAAAUGGAUUUCUCAGCUUAAGGAGCCAUAUCUGGACAGAUACUGAUAACAACCGUGCAGGGAUGCUCCCUUUUGUCUUCGAUAACUCAUUUGGGUUUGAGCAAUAUGUGGAUUAUGCAUUGGAUGUUCCAAUGUAUUUUGUGUAUCGAAAUAAAAAGUAUAUUGACUGCACCGGAAUGUCGUUUCGGGAUUUUAUGCAAGGAAAGCUCCCACAGGCUCCUGGGGAGUUGCCUACUCUUAAUGAUUGGGAGAACCAUCUAACAACAAUUUUUCCUGAGGUUAGAUUAAAAAGAUACCUUGAGAUGAGAGGUGCUGAUGGUGGCCCAUGGAGGAGAUUGUGUGCACUGCCUGCAUUUUGGGUUGGGCUGCUGUACGAUGAGGAAUCGUUACAAAGUAUUAUAGACAUGACUUUUGAUUGGACAAAGGAGGAAAGAGAGAUGCUAAGACGGAAGGUACCUGUGACUGGUCUGAAGACACCAUUUCGUGAUGGAUAUGUAAGAGAUUUAGCUGAGGAAGUUCUAAAACUGGCCAAGAGUGGACUGGAAAGAAGAGGAUACAAGGAGGUUGGUUUCCUUAGAGAGGUUGACGAAGUGGUGAGAACAGGAGUGACACCUGCUGAGAGGCUUCUGAAUCUGUACGAGACGAAGUGGCAACGCAACGUAGACCAUGUUUUCGAGCAUUUGUUAUACUGAUGACGCCGCCGCCGCCAACGCUGGACAGAGCUUGUAGAUGUACCCUAAUACAGAAACUCAUCUGAUUCAUUCAACGCCUGAGUCGGAAGGGCUCAGUUCAGGCACAGGAGCACGCACAGCUUUGGUUAGUUGUUUGACGGGGGAACCGCUGCACGCCUGCACAGCCCGGUGAUUUGCUUACAAAUAACUUCGCUUGGAACGGAUCACUGUGCUUUGACUUCACCCCCUGUGUCUCCAGGGAGAUGGAACAAACCACUGUUUGUACCGGCCCUUUUUGUUUUUUCUUCAGAGAUGAAAAUGCCGUAUGGAAAAUAAGUUCCAUCUUCUGUACGAUGGGAACUGCUUGCUUUUUUUUUACCUUCUUUUUUUUCAUUCAGGAUUGUUGGGAUGUUUGUGCGGGGUUAACAUGCUAGAGCAGUUUCACCUACGAUAAAUAAACUGAUCGUUUGAUCAGAAA